GUUGUUGUUGUUGUUAUCUUCCAUCGUUUUUUAUCAUAUGUAGUUUCUGUGUAGCACAUCUCACUUUUCUUUAUUAAAAACAAACCACAAAGAUUACAGAAAAAGUACACGCCUCUUCACUUAUUUCUUGAUACAAAAGAAAAGAUAACAAUUUAAUUUUCAGUUUGCUGCAAAAUGUCUGCAUCCCAGGAAAAUCGCCCAGAGCUUUAUGAAGAAGUCAAACUUUAUCACAAUGCUAGGGAACGAGAAAAAUUUGAUAGCCUGGCUGAUCUCUAUGCCGUGAUAAACACCCUUCAACAUUUAGAAAAAGCUUACAUUAGGGAUUGUGUUACUCCUAAAGAAUAUACAGGAGCAUGUAGCAAGCUGUUGGUGCAGUACAAAGCAGCCUUUCGACAAGUUAAGGGAGAAGACUUUCCAACAGUUGAUACUUUUGUAAAGAAAUAUCGACUUGAUUGUCCAGCUGCUUUAGAACGUAUCAAGGAAGAUCGUCCAAUAACAAUAAAGGAUGACAAAGGCAACACAAGCAGAUGUAUAGCAGAUAUUGUAUCACUAUUCAUAACAAUUAUGGACAAAUUGAGGUUGGAGAUUCGAGCUAUGGAUGACUUGCAUCCGGAGUUGAGGGAUUUGGUGGAUACAAUGAACAGACUUAGUAUUCUGCCCUCAAAUUUUGAGGGAAAAGAGAAAGUUUCGGAAUGGCUAGCUACGCUUAAUUCUAUGCAGGCUUCUGAUGAAUUAUCAGAAUCUCAAGUUAGGCAGUUGCUUUUUGAUCUGGAGAGUUCGUAUGCCUCCUUCAAUAAAGUACUACAUGAGAGUAAUUGAGAAAUGCAAUUUUAUUUUUUAGAGGAUAUUAUAUGUGGAUUGUGAAUCCAGAAUUGGAUUUUAUUGGUGUAUGAAUCAAAAAAAUACAAACUAGCUUAAAAUAA